AGAGAUGCUCAUGAUAUUUCUUUGAAAUCUCUUUUGGCUGCAAACCUUCAUCUGGGUCAUUCUACUACCCUCUGGAAUCCUUCCAUGUUGCCUUACAUUUAUGGUACUCGUCAUGGUACUCAUAUCAUCAAUCUGGAGCAUACAUUGACCCAUCUUCGUAGAGCCGCUGCAUUCAUUCGUCAAGUUGCCAUGUCAAAUGGCAACAUUGUGUUCUUGGGCACAAAACCUGCUAUUCAUAAAAUCACUGUCGAUGCUGCAUUGCUAGGCAAUGCUUACUACAUCACUCAGUGGGUGGGUGGAACCAUUACUAACAAAGAACGAACACUUCGUCAUAGCACUGGGUUCGACCCUUCAAAGCCUCAUGUUCACACUCCUGACGUUCUUGUGGUACUCGAUUAUAUUAAUAAUCUAUGGGCUGUUCGUGAAGCAAACGUGGCCCAUAUCCCAGUGAUCGCUGUUUGUGAUACCAAUACUGAUCCUACUCUUGUACAGUAUCCUAUUCCUGCCAAUGACGAUUCAAUUGCUGGCAUAAAACUCAUUGCUGGUGUACUUUCUGCUGCUUCUCGCGAUGGUGCGACGACUCGU